ACCGUCACCCACUUUCGGCGUUCUCCUAAAUUCGGCGAUGUUUUGUUUUUCGUCAUUCACGCGAGAUUUCAGAGGUGAAGGUCAAUCAUGUUUAUUUCCCACGGUCAAUUUUUACAACUCGAGUGAUUUUUCUGCGCUAAAGAUGGAGAUACGGCAGAAACAUGAUUCAAAAAGAGGUCCAUAUCGAACGGGCUAUGACCAGACAUCCAUUGAGAAUGCUUUUAAUGAAGUAAAAUUAAACAAAGUAUCUAUUCAAAGAGCAGCCAAGUCUUAUGGUAUUCCUGUAUCAACUUUGAAGGACAGAGUAUAUGGUAAUGUUCCUGUCCAUAAUGCAAAGUCUGGUCGAACCCAGCUGUUUUCAAAAGAGCAAGAAUCUUUACUUGCUAAUCAUCUUAAUUCAAUGGCUGAAAUUGGGUAUGGAUAUUCCCGAACAGAGACUAUAAAUCUGGCAUCUGAUUAUGCUGUCCAUUUGGGACUCAGAGACAGAGAACACCCACUAAGUUUGCGUUGGCUUUACAAAUUUUUGAAUAGAUUUCCUGAACUGUCUGUCAAAAAGCCAAGAAGUCUUGAAGCAGCUAGAGCCAGAAGUGCUACAAGACAAGCUAUCACAAAUUACUUCAAAGAGCUGAAUAAAAUCAUAGUUGAUAAUAAUCUUCUUAAAAGACCCGAGGCCAUAUAUAAUGUGGAUGAAAAGGGACUAUCAACCAGGGAUCAUCCUGGUCAGGAUUUUUAG